AUGCUGAAGAUGCUGUCCUUUAAGCUGCUGCUGCUGGCCAUGGCUCUGGGCUUCUUCGAAGGAGAUGCUAAGUUUGGGGAAAGAAGCGAAGGGAGCGGAGUGAGGAGGAGGAGAUGCCUAAACGGGAACCCCCCAAAGCGCCUGAAGAGGAGAGACAGGCGGAUGAUGUCCCAGCUGGAGCUGCUGAGUGGCGGAGAGGUGCCGUGUGGGGGCUUCUACCCUCGGCUGUCCUGCUGCCUGCGAAGUGACAGCCCGGGGCUGGGGCGCCUGGAGAACAAGAUAUUUUCUGUUACCAACAACACAGAAUGUGAGAAGUUAUUGGAAGAAAUCAAAUGUGCAUUUUGCUCUCCACAUUCCCAGAGCCUUUUCCACUCACCUGAGAGAGAAGUCCUGGAAAGAGAUCUAGUACUUCCCUUCCUCUGCAAAGACUAUUGCAAAGAACUCUUUUACACCUGCCGGAGCCACAUUCCAGGUUUUCUUCAAACAACUGCUGAUGAGUUUUGCUCUUACUACGCAAGAAAAGAUGGCGGGUUGUGCUUUCCAGAUUUUCCAAGAAAACAAAUGAGAGGACCAGCAUCUAACUCCUUGGACCAGAUGGAAGAAUAUAACAAAGUGGAAGAGAUCAGCAGAAAACACAAACACAACUGCUUCUGUGUCCAGGAGGUUGUGAGUGGGCUACGGCAGCCUGUUGGGGCUAUGCACAGCGGGGAUGGCUCACACCGGCUCUUCAUCCUGGAAAAGGAAGGCUACGUGAAGAUACUCACCCCUGAAGGAGAAAUAUUCAAGGAGCCUUAUUUGGACAUUCACAAACUCGUUCAAAGUGGAAUAAAGGGAGGAGAUGAAAGAGGACUGCUAAGCCUUGCAUUCCAUCCCAAUUACAAGAAAAAUGGAAAGCUGUAUGUGUCUUAUACCACCAACCAAGAACGGUGGGCCAUUGGGCCUCAUGACCACAUUCUUAGGGUCGUGGAAUACACAGUAUCCAGGAAAAAUCCCCAUCAAGUUGAUUUGAGAACAGCCAGAGUGUUUCUUGAAGUUGCAGAGCUCCACAGAAAGCAUCUAGGGGGUCAACUGUUCUUUGGUCCUGACGGCUUUUUGUACAUCAUUCUUGGGGAUGGAAUGAUCACACUGGAUGAUAUGGAAGAAAUGGAUGGGUUAAGCGAUUUCACAGGCUCAGUGCUACGGCUGGAUGUGGACACAGACAUGUGCAUUGUGCCUUACUCCAUCCCACAAAGCAAUCCACACUUCAACAGCACCAACCAGCCUCCAGAAGUGUUUGCCUAUGGGAUCCAUGACCCAGGCAGAUGUGCUGUGGAUCGACAUCCCACUGAUAUAAGCAUCAAUUUAACAAUACUUUGUUCAGAUUCCAAUGGAAAAAACAGAUCAGCCAGAAUUCUACAGAUAAUAAAAGGAAAAGAUUAUGAAAGUGAGCCAUCGCUUUUAGAAUUCAAACCAUUCAGUAAUGGUCCUUUGGUUGGUGGAUUCGUUUACCGAGGCUGCCAAUCUGAAAGACUGUAUGGAAGCUACGUGUUUGGAGAUCGCAGUGGGAAUUUCUUAACUCUUCAGCAAAGUCCUGUGACCAAGCAAUGGCAAGAAAAACCACUCUGUCUUGGCACUAGUGGUUCCUGUAGAGGCUACUUUUCUGGUCACAUCUUGGGAUUUGGAGAAGAUGAAUUAGGUGAAGUUUACAUUUUAUCAAGCAGUAAAAGUAUGACCCAGACUCACAAUGGAAAACUCUACAAAAUUGUGGAUCCGAAAAGACCUUUACUGCCUGAGGACUGCAGGGCCACCGUACAACCUGCACAGACCCUGAGCUCAGAGUGUGCCCCGCUCUGUCGGAACGGCUACUGCACCCCAACGGGCACCUGCUGCUGCAGUCCAGGCUGGGAGGGUGAAUUCUGCAGAAUCGCAAAAUGUGAGCCAGCAUGUCAUCAUGGAGGUGUCUGUGUUAGACCGAACAAGUGCCUCUGUAAAAAAGGAUAUCUUGGUCCUCAGUGUGAACAAGUGGACAGAAACAUCCGCAGAGUGAGCAGGGCAGGUAUUCUUGGUCAGAUCAUUGACAUGACAUCUUAUUUGUUGGAUCUAACAAGUUACAUUGUAUAGUUCCUGGGACUGUUUUAAUAUUCCUUCCAAUGGGCAUUUAUUUUUUAUCCUGUCAUUAAAAAGAAAGACUGCUAUCCUGCUACACACUCCUGUGAUUUCAUUUUCCUUUAUUAAUUUAAAAAUAAUUUCCAGAAAUGUGCAGAUCCUCUGUGUGUAUGUUGGUAUGUCUGUUCACUUAGGCACGUACACACCUACACUCACAACCCCAAUACAUGUGUUUGCAAAACAGAUGGGUUUUUUUUUUGGUACUGGGGAUUGAACUCGGGGCCUUGUCCUUGCAAGGCAAGCGGUGGCAUCACUGAGUUAAAUCCCCAGCCAGAUGGAUUUUUAAAUAUAUAUAUAUGCUUCAUUGUGCAGAGUAAUUUACACAGAAAUUCCAUUGUAAAUUGAUAACGGAAUUUUUAUGUAACCAGAAGAGAUUAUUUGACUUCCAGAGAAUUUUCUGUCUGUAACUACUAAAGUCAACAUUAAUGGAGUUUUGAAACACCACUGUGUAAUCUGAUGGAUCUAAUAAAAAAGCAAUACUUUUAUAUUAAAGGACUAAAUAAGAGAAUGUUUCAGAACUCCCUGAUCAAUUUCUAAAUGAGCAACUAGACACAAAAUUAUAAUCUUCAUUUUUAUCAAUGUAUCCAAUUACAGAAUGUUAUGCACUUACCUUUUUAUCUGGCAGGGCAAUCUGGUUACUUCAGCUUAAUCUCAAGAUUGUUUUUAAAUGUUUUAUAAUUAAAUCAUAACAGCAUAUUUUAAAAUCAAUCUUCCUGAAAGGUCUGCUUUUAUUGUAUAUUUUAUUUAACAAUAGGCACUGGGUUUGUGUUACAUAUUUAUAUUUUUUAUUUUAUUUUUAUAAUAUAGACAUCACCUAGAUGAAACACCUUUACCUGUCCUGUAAAAUACUAAAGUUACAUUUUUCACCAACUGAAUUGGAAGGAAGGGGAGUGAGAAAGCAAACAGUCUUUAAUGUGCUGUGGAUCUAAUCUAACAGUGUUUCCUUUUGCAAACAUGUAAUCAUUAACAACAGAUGAGAAAGCAAGAAAACAGCUAAUUCCUAUAAAAUUCCGGCAUUAAACAUUUGUAAAGUGCCUUUCACCAUAGCAAGACUGUCAGAGUAUAUGUGAUUAGAAUGUGGCAGAUUUCACACUGAAUCAAAACCUCCCAGGAGAAGAGUUCACUGGUUUUUAUCCAAUCUCAGUUGUGUAAGCUAUCACUUGUACAAAUUUUUAAUACAAUAAUUCCUGCUGAAUAUGACUUUUAAUGUAUAUGCUCCUUCAGACCUCAGUGAAAAUACCAUUUGGUUAAUGUAUCAAUAAAUUUUCUGUAAAAAUUCGUUCAGGUUUUUAAGAGAUAACAUUGUUCUAACUUAAAACUGCAAAGAGUCUGGUAGACAUUUUUCUUAAUGGUUUGGCCACUUCUCACAGUUUUGGAUGUUAAUAAAAUCAUCAAGCCUCUUUGCACUGCUGAAAAGACACCUCUAUUCAUGACAAGGGCACACCCACUCUCGUCCUUCUUCUGUAAACAUCCAUUCCUCUAGAAUCUAAAUUGUAGAAUUGUAUAGCUUAUGCAGCACUGACUUUCCAAACCUGCUCCUUACCCUUAAGAAUGUGAGCCUCAAUUAAAUAAUUUUCAAAACCUGGUAGCUAGUAUUUCUCUAUUGUUUUAAAGAGAGAGUUGCAAUGAAAGCAAAGUGUUUAUAUAGAAACCACAAUGUAGAAAGAAAGAUUGGUUAAGUACACUGUUCUUGUCUUCCAUAUAUGAUUACUUAAGUUUCAAGUGACCUCAUGCCAAAUGGAAAUGGGUUGAGAAAUCUUGGUUCAGUGCUUAGUGAACAAUAGCCUGCAUUAAAAAGUGCAUGCAUAAUUUUGCACAAUUUAGAUUCAAUUGACAGUCUAUUCAAAGAAGUCUCAGGAUUAAAUGAGCAUGGAGACCAAAUUGCCCUCUUACCCCAGAAAAGGGGUGGUUCCUUCUAGUCUCACUAACACUUCAUUGGCCCAACAGUGUGACAAAUCUUGCAAUGAACCAUGCAGUAGCCUGCAUCUGUAGGUUAAUAGCAAUCUUUUGUCUCCCUGGCUUUCUCUUCAUAGCCCUUUUACUGAAUUCCAUCACAGAAAGUUUUACAAUUUAAAAAAAUGUCCUGACAACCAUUUUUAUAAAUGGACCUUACCAUCUAAUCAUCCCUCAUUCAACGUGGGUGACAUUAACAAAAUGUGAAUUUCUUGUGAGGGAGCCAGCUGUCUAAAUCUGUCAAAUUGUGCAGUUUUAUUACACAUUCUCCCAUGUAUACUUUGAUUGAAAACAAUAAGUGUUCUGCUGUAUAUUCAGCAAAAUCUUUAAACCUAAGUGUUUCUUCUUGCAUCUUUAAUCUUUCUAUUUCUUUCCCAAAAUAAAAGGUGUUCUCCUGCCAUUAGUUCUGCUAUUUAAAUUAAUCUAUAUUAAAUUGACCAGACCCAACUUUUUCUAUAUAGCCUUUGCCCAAGUGGAUGAGUUUCAAGUGACUGAGAGAAAGGGAUAUGCGCCCCAGGUGUCACUGCCUUCCCUAUUGUGGGUUGUUAGAAUAAAAGCCCAAAUUGUUCUAAAAGGAAGAUAGCAAGAUCCAUGGAUGUUAAACUCAAGCCAAAAAGGUGAAGUCAGUGGAGUUAUUUUUGUUGUUGUUCUUCUCAGGAAAACAGUAAGGGCCGUGGUAAUUGAUGGCUACACAUUUUAAACUAAGUGGCCAAUUCAAAAAAAAAAAUCUCUUUGACCCUUUCUUUCAAGUAGAUUUUUUAAAUGUCCCACUGGGGAAUAAUCUUCAGUAAUUCAUGAUGAGAGGCAGAUAGGAAUUGGCUAAAAAGCAUGAGCUAAGGAAAAAUUAUUGUUUCAUCACAUAAAAGGCAAAAUCUGUUUAGUUCAUAAAGUGCACAAUUUAAAGUAGAAGAAAAAUGUUCUUGGUAUGAAUGUGUAUGUGUAAGAAAAAUAAAGACUAGGCAAAUGUGUAUUAUUACCCCCUUAUUCACUCUAGAGCAUAAAUUUUGGGUGUCAAUUGAAUAUGAAAUAUUGCUAUGGUUGUUUUACUUACAAAUAACCUUUCUACCACUAUUUCUGCCAAACUUUUGUCCUGGUUCAUAGAACCUUGAUUUUUUGACAGUUAUUUAAGAUUGUAAAAUGAAAACUGAAUUGGCAGGUCCUUAAUGUGAAAGGGAAGAAAGACUCAAGAAACUUAUGUGAUGGCAAAGGUGCUUCUAUGAAUACCUUUUCUUCUUAGAAUUUUAUUUCAAUGUAGCCAUUGUAAAAUAUAUCUUCUAUUUCAUCAUAAAGAACACUCAGACAUUUUCUCAGAUUAACAGAUCUAUCCCACAAUGAAGUAGUGAAGAAAUUCAUGUAACACACACACACACACACACACACACACACACACACAUACACACAGCCUAGCCAGAGAACUGUGUCAUUCACAUGACUCACUUCUUCCCUACUUACUCAUUUGAAAAUUAUUAUAGAACCAUGUACUGGUAAUUUUAAUCCAUAUUUUUGAUGCUAUUUUGAUCUCUGAAACAAAUUACAUAAUAACCCUACUAAGUGUAAUGGGGUUACAUGCUACAUCUAGAUUCUUUCAAAGUACACAUUAAUUUAAACCUUUAUUAGACCAACUUCCUGUUCAGUCUACUAGCUUUGACUAUAAAAGAGAAACCAAAUUUACAUUCUUUUUUUUGUAUAUCCUUUUAUUGGUACAUUUUAGGUGUACAGUAUGACAUUCAUCAU